AAGAAGCACUAGCAUUACCUGUUAGGCAAAUUACUUGCACACUUUUCCUCCCGGUGUUACGCACUCCUUUACGCGUUUCUGAGAUUUCGGCCCUACUUCCAUAUCCAGUUUUAGCGCUCCUCUUGCACCAUUGCGGUAACCAGCUUCAUUAUAACACGCAUUGGCCUGAGCUUCGAGCUGCAUCUGGCUUGGACCUUCGCGAAGGGGCGUUGGAGCACGGGAUCUCUGUAUUCCGACGCGUUUCGGCCUCAACUUCCCUUCCUCGGCUAGACGAUAUCGACACGCUGGCGAGGGUUCACCAAGUCCGCAUUAUAUUAAAUCAGUGGUAUCCUGAAGUGGAGCAGAGCGCAGUCUCGCGCUCCAGGCAUGGAAGGGGACCGCGGAUCAUUACGCCAAUAGCAAGUCGCCGAAGUACACAAAGCACAAGCGGCCAGCUGCUUAAACAAGAGCCUCAGAAUGGCGGCAGCUGUGACAAUUCGGGGUCCAGGGUUCAAUCCCUUCGGCCGCGUCUGGGCAGCCUACGAGCGCUCACUUCGCAGGCGGCCUCUCCUAACGCAAGCUGUCUCCACGGCGGCCCUGUGGGGUCUCGGAGACUGCAUGGCCCAACGGAUAGAGACCCGGGGUCGAGGCGGUGUCGACGCGCGUCGCGCUGCGUUGACUGCGGCGUUCGGCGGAAUCGUCAUCGGACCCGCGGGUCACUUUUGGUACAUCCUGCUUGAGCGCCUGGUGCUCCGGAUGGGCCUUGUCUCGGCCACCAAGUCCAUGCUGGUCAAGGUGGCGCUCGACAACCUGAUCUACAAUCCAUGCUACGUCCUGUCCUUCUUCGCCUACGGUUGCCUGGUCAUCGACCGCCUCAGCCUGCCGGAGUUCGCGGACCAGCUUCGAGAGCAGUUUAUGCCCACCAUGCUCGCGGAGGCCGCCGUCUGGCCGCCGUACAUGGCUGCCGUAUUCAGCCGCGUUCCCGUACAGCACCAGCUGCUGGCAGUCAACGUUGCCACGCUGUUUGACGUGUGUUUCCUGAGCUGGAUGCGUACAAACAGCAGCUCGGAAAACCACCAAGCUGAGUUGGCAAUCGUCCAAGGCAAGAAGAAGAAAAAGCAGCAGCGAGCUCAGCUCAGCACCGUUGGCAAGAAGAAGGCGACGCAGGUGGUCCGGAACAAAUCCGAGACCAAGACCAAUAACGCCUUCAGUACCAAGGGCAGCAGCAACAGCAACAGUAACAGCGUCAACAACGAAAGCGGCGUCCAACACUGGUUCACAAGCGCCCUGUUGCACCUCUCCCAGCAGCCGUUGAUCUCCCAGCAGCAGCCCCAGCAGCCGCCGCCCCGCAGC